UGUCGUUCGCCUUUGUCGGUGUUUAUUUCCCGUUCAAAACCUCUCAAAAUGGUUAAAAUCGCCCUCCAAAUCAGAGCCAACUUGGAAUGUAUCGAGAAGCUUUAUACCAACCAUCCACACUACCAAUGGUUCUUAAAACUGAAGUGUAGUAGCUGCGGCGAAGUGUCCGAAAAGUUCCACGACCUCACGGAGGCCGACAAAGUGCCUCAGAAGCACAACCGGUCCGAAACGAACCUGCUGAUAAAGUGUAAACUGUGCUCCAGGGAAAAUAGCAUGGAUGUUAUUGAAGGCAGCAACGGUGCAUUUACAAAUGAAGAUGCUGGCAAAUUCAAGACGCUCGUAAUAUUUGACUGCAGAGGAGUGGAGCCGGUUGACUUUGAACCUAAAUCUGGCUGGAUUGCAGAGGCCGAAGAAAAUGGUAAAAAGUUUGAAGAUGUCGAUCUGACAGAGAAGGAGUGGGUGGAGUAUGAUGAGAAGAACCAGACCUCCGUCGGAGUGUAUGAGCUGGAGUGGCAGUUCCUCAAAGUCAAAUAAGUGCUUUUCAUUUUAUCUUAUUAUA